UCAAAAGCUGGAGUCGAGGUUUUGAUUGCAUGCAUCUGCUCGCCUCAUAUUUCCUAUGCAUUAUCGAUUGCUGGCAUCGACUUGCCUACUCGGAACUGAAUAAUAGCGUAACGCAUUCGAAUCUACAAACACAAAUCUUGUACUUACCAGUGUAAUAUACGACACGGAGUUUUCAGAGUCGCCGAGCUGCCAUGUGGGCGACGAGAUUCAUCCUACAGUCAAAAGCAUCGCGCUUUUAAUGCGUGAUUAUGGCUUUUCAUCUUAAACCUCCUUGAAAUGGAUUUUUGGGGAUACUUGGAUCACAUACGUGUCUGCGUCGUCGAUAAACUGAGUCCUGCACUGACUCGCGAGAGCUCUAAUGAAGCUAGCCCCGGAGGUACUCCCAGGGAGUCGGAUCAUGGUGCAACAUCAGUGGCGGACCGGGUGUCACGGGAGGAGGUGCGGAGAGAAAACGAACACUUGGCGACAGAGCUAGAUGUCGUGCAAAGGGAGUACAAGAAACUGAAGCAGAUCGUCGACCAGCUGGGCAGAGAGUACGAGGACUCGAAGGAGUUCGACCCUGUCCGCAGGUACAAGCGACUGAAGGGCAUGAUAAAGAGGACGGUUCUCCAUCUCCACCUAGACCCCGACCAGAAGGGAUCCACGCAGAGGGUGGUCGGCAUCAUGCAAGGGUGCAAAGAAUAUGCACAACAAAUGGAGAGCCAAAAGAGACGAGGAGAACGAAUAGCCAAAUUGGAAAAAGAAGAUAUAGUGGCAGAAAAUCGCAGAAUGCAGGAACAGAUCAAGGAAAGCCGGCGAAAAUGUUCAAUAAUUCGUGAUCUCAUCAUUCAAAUGGAACAGGGCUACCACAAUUCCAAACGCUACGUCAUGAUACAGAGAUACCAAUUAAUUAAAAACAUGAUCAAAACGGUCAUUCACGACAAACUUAUAUAACGCUAUGCUGUUAGUGUUUAAACACAUUCAAUAUGUUUUACAUUUAUGCUUCAUAAGUCCAGGUAUACGAGUUUGAUCUUUCGUGUCGAAACGGAUCUAUUCGGUAAACUUUCUACAAUUAUGACGUGCGUGUAAUGCAACCUGCUGUUCCUUAACAGUUGUAUUAUGUUUUGCUGGAAGUACUGCCCACUGUUUCAAAACACUUGUAUUAUGUUUGAGAGACUGCCCUUUAUGUCAAAACAUGUGUAUAAUGUUUUAGUGAAGUAUUGCCCUUUAUGUCAAAACACUUGUAUAAUGUUUUAAUGAAGUACUGCCCUUUA